CGAACUCUCAGAUCAUGUACGCCAAAACAGAAGACAGUGUGAACACCGCUGAAGCAGAAGGCAGAAUAUUUGCAUUCAUCAAGUGCCCAAGUUAGUGUCUUAAUUAACUUAAAAAUGUCAAUAUUCCGGUUCCUUUCCAUAGUACUUCUCCUGUAACCCACUCCUUAAGCCCCUACAAAUUCUGACUCAUUUCCAAAGCCACGGCCCGCAACAGAACUUGACCAAGCCUACAGAACUAAAGUAGAAGUCAAUAGGCGAGAGUUGAAGACUGAACACGUUGCAGAUUACAGGAUGGCAGACCAAUCUAUAAAAAACCCAGAAUCAAUUUAUGACUUCACUGUCAAGGAUGCCAGUGGCCAUGAUGUAGAUCUUAGCACAUACAAAGGAAAAGUCCUACUCAUAGUCAAUGUUGCUUCAAAAUGUGGAAUGACCAACUCAAAUUACACAGAAAUGAAUCAAUUACACGAGAAGUACAAAAAUCAAGAAUGCACAGGCAUAGAGAUUCUGGCAUUUCCAUGCAAUCAAUUUGGGGAGGAGGAACCAGGCAGCAAUGAUCAGAUAAUGGAGUUUGUCUGCACUCGCUUUAAAUCAGAAUUUCCUAUCUUUGAUAAGAUUGAUGUAAAUGGUGAGCAUGCUUCUCCACUGUACACGUUCUUAAAGAAGGGUAAAUGGGGUAUUUUUGGGGAUGAUAUUCAGUGGAACUUUGCCAAGUUCCUGGUGGAUAAAAAUGGUCAAGUCGUUGAUCGGUACUACCCGACAACUUCUCCUCUUAGUCUUGAGCAUGACAUUAAGAAGCUGUUGGGAAUUUCAUAAAUACUGAGAUGAAGGCCAUCAGGAUUGCAGCAAAAUUCAAUAACCUGAUGGUUUCUUGCCUUUUGUACAUGUUUGUGUGUGUUCAAGAUUGGUGAGAAGUAAUGUCGCAUGAUUAAGACUCACGUUUGAAUUUAUUCUAAAAUCAAUUUAAAUACUCUUAUAGUAUUUUAGUUUGGAUUGUGCACUGUGACCAAUGUUUUCUUAUGUUAUGAAGAGUUGAGACCUACGUAGUAGGUGAUUGAGUUAUCA